GGUCUCUAGACACUGGCAAGAGAAGCGGCGGCUCCGGGUUUGAAGAGAGACAGCCGGAAGUCGCUGCGCGUCCGCACUCCACUCUGCACCGACCGAAACUCGAGCCCUGCAAGAGAGGUUCCGGGGCUGGUUGCGGCCGGAGGCGGCGAAAUGGAGACCGGGGCCGAGGACUCGGGAAUGACCGGCCGCCCGACGCUGGCCUCUUCCUGGGAUACCGCGAACGGGGUCCUGUCCCGGAGCCUCCUCCUCACCCGGGCUGGCGUCGGCGCCCAGGACUUCGACUGGGAGGAGCUGCUGGUGCCGCCUGCUUCGGGCCAGCCUCUGGUGAGCCUGAGCGCCGUGCCGGGCCCCCGGGGCAGGACGCCCUGCUUCCUCGACCUGCGGUGCGACCCCGGGGCCGGGGAAGAGAUCCUCGCGGUGGGCGUCCUGAGCUCGGCGAGGAACAUGGAGGUGUACGUGGGAGAGGAGUACUGUGGCACCGGCCGGGGCCAGGGCGCCCGCACCGUCCCGGAGGGCAGUGAACAGGAAAAUAUUAUUUUCUACAAAAAACAUCUAAAAUUGGAAACUUCCACAUAUGCUUGUAAAAUAAAGUUGCUGUCCUUUGGUGAAAAACAGUGUGUGUUCAUCAGUAAGGUUGUGGUACACAUGAAACCAGUUUCAGGAAAUUCUUCACCAAGCUCUCCUGCUCUAGGAUCAAGGAUAGACCUUGACAAGGUCCAAACCAUAAUGGAGUCCAUGGGGUCAAAGUUAUCACCUGGAGCUCAGCAGCUAAUGAACAUGGUUAGGUUUCAACAGCAGAAUUGUAUUCCCAUUGGAGAGCAGCUUCAGUCAGUUUUGGGAACUACCGGGUAUAAGCAUAUGAUUGCACUCCAGCCAUCGUCCACUUCAGGAGCCUUGGACAAGUCAUCCUCCACACCUUUCCCUUUUAGAACUGAAUUGACAUCUGCAAACAGGACUGAAACCUUACAGGCUUUCAUCGACAAAAGCACCAGGCCACCUGGGGAAGGAAAUACCACCAGCCGCGACAGGUGUAAAACUGUGCCACAAAACCAUUCCCUUCUUGAGAAUGAUCUUAAAAAUGCAGUAUCUUCUUUCUUACCAAAGAAGGCGAGUGACGGCUCACUGCCCAGCUCUGAGUUGCUGCCCUUUCUCCAAAAUCUGUGCAGUCAAGUUAACCAUCUUCGCGUGGGACAUAACGCCAAGUGGCAGGAAAACGUCUCCAAGCCCCGUGAAGGCAUUGUUGGUGUUGCAGUGGAAGAACAGCCUAUUUGCUCCUACUUGGAAAAGAUUCUUUCUAAAAAUAUGGAACUGAUGGAAAAGAAACUUGUGGACUACAUUGAUCGGCGAAUACUCCAACUCCAGGAGCACAUAGAUGAUAAGAUUACCUUGUUAAUGGACUUCCUGCAGAAUCCCAACUCCCCGCCCAAUGGGCUGCCUUUGAGACAUUAUGACUCUGGAGAAAGACUUUCCAAUGGAGAAAGAUAAGCUCUCAGCGUACGAUGGCCUGCAGAUAUUUAUUACCUAUUUAUUACAAAGCCCAAACCUAAAACGUUUAUGAAAAGCAAGUAUCUGAUGUCCUCCGAAGGAUCAUCGGCUUACAUAAAGUGACCUCAGUGUCCAUUUUUACUGCCCUUGUUAUUGUAAAUCCAGUACUGUACACCAAGAGGUGACCCCAUUGUCCUAAGUUAUUCUUAUUUGCAGUG